CCCCUCUCCAAACCCCACUUUGCAUCCAUCCCUAUCGCCGUCUCUCCUCAACCCACGCCGCCCUCGCUUCCUCCCCUCCCCCGAGCCCCCUCACGCACGCACAACCUAUGGCGGCCAUGAAGGUGGUGCGGAACCUCGACCUGGAGCGGUACAUGGGCCGGUGGUACGAGAUCGCGUGCUUCCCGUCCCGGUUCCAGCCCAAGGACGGCGCCAACACGCGCGCCACCUACACGCUCGGCCCCGACGGCGCCGUCAAGGUGCUGAACGAGACCUGGACCGACGGCCGCCGGGGCCACAUCGAGGGCACCGCCUUCCGCGCCAACCCCGCCAGCGACGAGGCCAAGCUCAAGGUCAGGUUCUACGUGCCCCCCUUCCUCCCCGUCUUCCCCGUCAUCGGCGACUACUGGGUGCUCCACAUCGACGACGCCUAUCAGUACGCGCUCGUCGGCCAGCCCUCCAGGAACUACCUCUGGAUCUUGUGCAGGCAGCCGCAGAUGGACGAGGGCAUGUACAAGGAGCUGGUGGAGAGGGCCAAGGAGGAAGGGUACGACGUGAGCAAACUCCGGAAGACGCCGCACCCGGAGCCGACGCCGGAGAGCCAGGAUGCCCCCAAGGACGGCGGCCUGUGGUGGAUCAAAUCUCUCUUUGGAAAGUAGUAGGUGCCGCUCGCUCGCAGAAGCAGAGAUGCAGUAGCACCAGCUGGUCUGCCUUGUACAGUUCAAUCUAGUAUGUUCGUCGCUGCAGGGAAUAUGAAUAUGUUUUGCUUGUUUGUGUCGAACUGUAGUGAGUAUAUGAUCUGCAGAAUAAUCUGUUUGUCGGGUGAGGUCUGGCCGUGUUCUUACCUAAGAAUUAUCAAGACUGUUGCUUGCUCGGAUUCAGAAUAGCGCAUGCUUGCUUGCUCGGCUUCAGGCUGGGUGAUGCUUUGGUGUGA